GCUCAGCCGCCUUCUCCCCCCGGUUUCUGGUGAAACUGAGUCAGCGCCGUCGGGGUGGGACCGACAGUCACCCCUGCGCUGCCGGCCCCGCCCACGCCCGGUGCGCUGCGGCCGCCUCCAGCGCGGAGCUCCAGGCCUGGCCCGCCCCGCGGCCCCGCAGCCCCGGCGCCUCCCCGGCAGCCAGCUCCCGGGAGGGGCUGUCGGGCUCCACCUAGUCCAGCCUCGCGAGGGAGCCCCGCGCCCGAAGCGCAUCCCCAGCCGGGAGGGGACGCGGCCGGAACUCAAGGGUCCGGCCUCUGGGGCGGCGGCCUCCCGCCUUCCUUUCCGGCCGGGACCUGCUUUCCCAGCCCCAGACCUGAGGCCCGAUGCAAAUGAUCUUUCUGGCCCUCGGGAAAUCAUUUCCAUUUCGUGGCGGGAAGGGAACCCAAAAGUUGCGUGGCUGCACUUGUGAUAACUGGGAUCCGGGAUGUCUGCCUCACUGUCAGCUCCGGGAAGCCCUCCCUGCUGUCAAGUGCCUUUGGUGUGGUGGAAGCAAGGUGCCAUGUGAUAAGUAAGCCUCCAGAGAGGCCUGCAUGGCAGGAUCCAAUGUCUCUAGCCAACAGCAUCUGGGGACCUGAGACCUGCCAACACCCUUGUGAGUGAGCCUGGAAGUGGACCUCCUGCUCUUGAACCUUGAGCUCCUUGCCCAGACCAAUCCUUCCAUGCUGUCUUCAAGCCCUGCUUCCUGCACAUCUCCCAGCCCAGACGGGGAGAACCCACGUAAGAAGGUCCACUGGGCUUCUGGGUGGAGGAGGACAUCAUCCACAGACUCAGAGUCCAAGUCCCACCCGGACUCCUCCAAGAUACCCAGGUCCCGGAGACCCAGCCGCCUGACAGUGAAGUAUGACCGGGGCCAGGUCCAGCGCUGGCUGGAGAUGGAGCAAUGGGUGGAUGCUCAAGUUCAGGAGCUCUUCCAGGAUCAAGCAACCCCUUCUGAGCCUGAGAUUGACCUGGAAGCUCUCAUGGAUCUAUCCACAGAGGAGCAGAAGACUCAGCUGGAGGCCAUUCUCGGGAACUGUCCCCGCCCCACAGAGGCUUUUAUCUCUGAGCUGCUCAGUCAACUCAAGAAACUCCGGAGACUCAGCAGGCCUCAGAAAUAAGCCUGAGAGACCAUCUUUAGCAGCCUCAGCACUGCCAGGCCUGCCCUGAAACUCCAGAUCUGGCUAAGAGGGAAAUAGCUCCUUGGGACACAAACAAGAAAUGUGGACAAGGAGGGACAUUUGCAUACUCCUACUGUCUGUGCGGUCACAGCUAGUUUCUGGGCUCUCUGGGAGAGAGCUGGCUGUUGUCCAGUGCCUUCCUUGGCAGCCACGUGGAUAAAACCUUUAGGAGCCCCA